AUGACCGCUUUUGAGCUCCGAUCUUCCGUCUUGCUGGGCGCCUACGAAUUUACCCUAUCACUACGUUGGGAAUGGGAUGCCAAUUUGCGCCCAUCCUUUUAUGAGAUUCACGCUGAACUGGACCGCAUGUAUGCAACGGUAAACAUUGAAGCUGAAGUUGCCCGAGAGCUGGAACGGAAUCGUUCUAACAAUCCCCCGUUAUCAUUUUCAAUGCAUCAUCCGAACCAAAGCGUACCGACUCAACCGGUUGCAUCAUCACAAAGGAUCAUCCACUUCAACUGCGCGGAUCCAACAGUCCAGUGGCAUCCGAACAACAUCUUUUCGGAUGUACGACAGCCCGCGGAUUCCAAGUGUAUCCCAUCGAAUCUGAAUCACUUUUCGCAUUUACACAAUCCUUGGAUUGGUCCACAUCUUGAAUACCCAAUUUCCGGAUCCGGAUUUGUUAGUUCAGCAUGCGUGUCUUCUGUUGUCACUUCUGUUGCCGCUUCUGGUGGUCGCGAUGGUGCUUUCCAAGCAUUCACAGAUCAGCGGCUUAUGACAACUUGUGACGACCGUGUCAAGCAAACUGAGGUGGAUGACGAUGCUGACGUUGGCGUGGCAGAGCAAAAUGAUGACGACGCGGAAGAAACGGCAGGAUUUGAGGAAAGCGAUGAAGAAAGUCCUGGUCUCUGGUCUCCGCCACAUUUUCAAUUCGUCGCUCGUGCUGAUGAAGCUGUCGGCACUCAGCAACAAACAGCCAUGGAAUCCUCUGUUCAUGUGAAUUCCACCGAGUCCAAAGACACUCGUAACGCGAACUACGCAGGAGACAUUCGCACUUGCUCCACUUCCGGUGAAACGCCAAACAAUUCCCUUGCUGAAGUUUCCAACAGUUUGGCCGCCACACAGAGUCAGCGCUACGGCAUACCAUUCACAGCUGUUGUACACAGCGGAGAAAAUCACGCUUUGGGCAGAAUUCCCGUGCCCACGUCCAACGACGUUCUGCCCAGACAACAGGCGGUAACUUAUCCCUCUGUAUCUAAACCUCAGACCUCCUCAGUAACUUCGGGUCAAGUUUGCAAGUCAAAGGGCUCCACUCCGAAAGGAUCCACCCGCACUGGUCGAGCGCAUCGCCGGUGCCCUGAUGGCAGUCGCGCGCGUCACUCAAACGGCUUGCAACAGAAUGGGACUACUCGGAGUCGAGACACCGACACACCAGAUGAGAGUGGCGUUGGAGAAUCGAUAAUCUCAAACGAUUCGCCGGCUGAUAGCGGAGCUGGAGUCGUCUCAGCUCCCUCAAGGGUCGCUAUUCUCCCAGACGACUUGCGCAUUGAGCCUCGUGCUGGGAGAAAUCGUUUCGGCUUUUCGGUGAGUGACACAUGCAUCUACCGCUUCCUCCCAGUUGACUGCAGUCCUUCCCUGCUCAGGCCACUUAGACGCGCAAGUACAAUAAUCGUUCUGUAUAUCACACGAGGAGGGCACUUUGACCGGCUUUCCGUCUGUCGUUAUGAUACUCUUUCUUAG